AUGGCAGUAUCCCACUCCACUCUUACAAAUAAGUUCACUUGGUUGUAUGGCAGUGAUUUUGCUGCCAAUGAUGAUGAUAAUGGUGAUGAUGACAAGUCCCCAAGUCGGCCAACGAGGCGCUUACUGCAAUUUAGAUGUUUGUUUGCCGUCUCCGCUUGCGCCCAAACCGACUUCAGUCUGACAUCAUGCAAGACAUUUGAUUUCCAGCUGAGUAAGCUAACUCAUAAAACUCAUAACAUAGGUGUUGUCUUACUAGCUGAAAACAUGAAAGCAUCAGCUGGUCGACUCAAACGUGACAAGAGCAACCUACGAGGCCGACAUCCAAUGGGAAGUAUUGGAGGGAUCCUCAACUUCCAACUUUGGCCUUCAUUCCGUAAGGAGGAACCUUAUGAUGAAAAGCCAAGUGGCAAUAUGGAAGAGGUAACUGAAGCGGGAAAUCUCAUUCGCCGCUCAAUUUUAAUGGUCCGUCAAUGGGAGAAUCUUCACGGGUUCAUAAUUUUUGCUAUAACCUAA